AUGGGAGCCCACCUGAUCGUCUUGCUGCUGGCAUUGGUGGCCAUGCCUGCCUCUUCUCAUGCGUCUGAGGAGGACACAAUCGAAGAUACAGAGGAGGACACAUCCAAAGAUACUGAAGAGGACAGAUCCGAAGAUACUGAAGAGGACACAUCCGAAGAGACUGACAAGGACACAUCCGAAGAGAGUGAGGAGAACUCACAUGAAGAGACGGAGGAGGACAAAUCCGAAGAGACUGAAGAGGACACAUCGGAAGAGACUGAGGAGGACAAAUCCGAAGAUACUGAAGAGGACACAUCCAAAGAUACUGAAGAGGACACAUCCAAAGAUACUGAGGAGGACGCAUCCAAAGAGACUGACGAGGACACAUCCGAAGAGAAUGAGGAGAACUCACAUGAAGAGACUGAGGAGGACAGAUCCGAAGAGACUGAGGAGGACACAUCGGAAGAGACUGACAAGGACACAUCCGAAGAUACUGACGAGGACACAUCGGAAGAGACUGACAAGGACACAUCCGAAGAGAGUGAGGAGAACUCACAUGAAGAGACUGAGGAGGACAGAUCCGAAGAAACUGAGGAGGACACAUCGGAAGAGACUGACAAGGACACAUCCGAAGAUACUGACGAGGACACAUCGGAAGAGACUGACAAGGACACAUCCGAAGAGAGUGAGGAGAACUCACAUGAAGAGACGGAGGAGGACAAAUCCGAAGAGACUGAAGAGGACACAUCGGAAGAGACUGAGGAGGACAAAUCCGAAGACACUGAAGAGGACACAUCCAAAGAUACUGAAGAGGACACAUCCAAAGAUACUGAGGAGGACGCAUCCAAAGAGACUGACGAGGACACAUCCGAAGAGAAUGAGGAAGACACAUCCGAAGAGAGUGAGGAGAACUCACAUGAAGAGACUGAGGAGGACAAGUCCGAAGAGACUGAGGAGGAAACAUCGGAAGAGACUGAGGAGGACACAUCCGAAGAGAAUGAGGAGGACACGUCCGAAGAGUGUAAGGAGAACUCACAUGAAGAGACUGAGGAGGACAAGUCCGAAGAGGAAGACACAUCGGAAGGGACUGAGGAGGACACAUCCGAAGAUACUGAUGAGGACACAUCCGAAGAGACUGAAGAGGAGACAUCUGAAGAGACUGAUGAGGACACAUCCGAAGAGACUGACGAGGACACAUCCGAAGAGAAUGAGGGGGACACAUCCGAAGAGAGUGAGGAGAACUCACCUGAAGAGACUGAGGAGGACACAUCCGAAGAGACUGAAGAGGAGACAUCCGAAGAGACCGAAGAGGACACAUCUGAAGAGACUCAGGAGGACACAUCCGAAGAUACUGAGGAGGACUCAUCCAAAGAGAGUGAGGAGGACUCACCUGAAGAGACUGAGUAGGACUCAAUCGGUGAUAAUUAGUCCCGGAGAAGAGUCCAGGG